AAUGGAGACAGAUAAGGGAAAAACACAAAAAAUCGUGAUGUAAAUUUAUUGCUUCUUUGAUCGAUGUACUUAUGUACGAGAUGAUUGCACCUAUUCUCUGUAAAAAAAAAAAGAAUUCUCAUUUGUAGAAAAAGAUGCAGAACCAUUGAAAGAAACAGGGGCAGAACCGUUGGCAGUUGCAGAGUUGCAUUUGAUUGAUUUGACGGAAAAGGAAAUCAAUUGGGAAGAAAAGAUAAAAGAAAUAUGUGCAACAGAAGUCGAGCUACACCUAGUGAAAGAAGGGUACAUCUCGCAUCCUUGGCUUUUGAUUUGUAAUGCCAUUUCUCAUGAUAUGGAAAUUAACGUCAAUGAAGCAAUAUCAAAAGGCAUACCGUACACAGACGAGCCUGGAAUGGUCAUUUUGAUUGUGCAACGAGAAGUCUAUGACUACACACCAUAUUAUCCUGACCCACGAAUAAAGUAUAUUACAUGUGUGGACUCUGAGUUCAACAAUGCUUGCAGAAUAAAGAAAUCAUUCGCCGGUUUUAUUUCAAAAGACUGGCACAGAUUAGACGGAAACAAAUACGUGACAUACUUGGAUGUGAUUUGUUUGGGAAAAGAUGCGCAGGAAUGUAAAAGCAAUAUUACAAUGGUAUUGGAUGAAACAAAAAAAUACUUUGAAGAUGUAUAUAUUAGCCAUCGAAAUGUUGAGAAGACAGAAGACAUCAAAUAUCCCUGGAUUGCUAUUUGCGGAGCUGAAUGUGAGAACAUUUCUUCAUCACUACCGAAACUUUUCGUUCGAGAGGAAAAGUUGUCUGGAAUUGUUUUUACGACCAAACAAAAUGAAAUGGAAAAUGGCAAGAUAGAAUCUGCUUUUCAAACUUCCUACUCUGGCUGCAAGAUAAAGUUCAUGAUGAACGUGGAUUUUCGUGCAGACUUUGAGAGAAUAAGGAAAGAGGUCAUGGAUUUAAUUUCGAAAGUUGACAGCACUGUGAACAGACCUGACAAAUUAAAGAUGGUGGAACAAUCUUUGCUAAAGUUUAUCGAGACACAUUUUCCAGGGUCAUCAUCCUUUUCGUCACCUUCAAUGCAAAAACAGUCGAGAACAGAGGCCGAGGUCUAUCAAUAUCUUUUCAACAUUGAAGAAUCUAUUCAGUUUGUUGUCCACCAUGUUGAAGAAAUGAACAGUUACGCUAUUAAAGUUUGUGGAAAGCAAAAUGUGGGUAGAGAAGUACACAUUAUCUCCAAGGAUGAUGGGAUUGAUUCUACUCUUGUCAUCAAUAAUCAAGCUCGAAAAGGCAUAAAGAAGUUCCUGGACGAAAAUCCAUCAGGUGAGAUUGAUGUCAUUCUGCAAAUACAAGAUGAUUCAACUAGAGCAUGUCUCGAGAGUUACCUUACUGCGCAAAUGGAACGUGUAAACGUCAAUUUUCUUCAAGGCGGGAACACUCCAACACAUCCUUGGGUAUUCGUUUGUGAUACAUUCGACGAAGAUAAGUUUUUAAAACUAAAGGACGAUUCAAAGGACUAUGGAUCCAUGCUCUUAAAUGUGCAUGGCUGUCAAACUUUACCUAUAGAGGCAAAGAUCAGGGAUAUAGGCAAGGACGAUGACAAAACCAUUCAUCUAUGUUUGAGGAUUUCUGAAAUUGACGAUAGCUUGUAUAUGAAUGAUUGCGCAAAACACGAACUCCGAAGAAUUAUGGAAUCGAUUGGAAAUGUCGCAGCUGUGCCUUUUCAACAUCCGAAACCAAUUCACAUCAAAUACCUUGCAAACCUUUCAAAGAAAGCAUUCUCGAACUUCAUGGAGAAAUACAUUACAAGGAUUGAACCAAUUUGGAGUAAUGAGGAAGAUUGCAAAGAAGGAUCUCUCUGUAUUGUAGUAUGUUUCACACUUUCUCGUCCUCAGGUUGACAUUGCUGCCGUCGUUCGAAUUACACAACAGGACUGUAAGAACAUGCUUGUUGUGAUCCAGAACUGUCGAGAAGGAAUAUCACCAGGGCCAAUGUUGAAGUAUAAUUCAAGUGAAAACUUCAUAGAUUUUACCAACAUCCUGUCCGAGGAUGGCGAGUGUUACGAUUGCCGUACCAAUUCUCUGGCUGCAGAGAAAAUUCAGGCUUUCAUCGACAAUAACUAGAACGCCUGUUGUAUUUUUGAUAUGUUUGAUAACAAUUCAUUGUAUACAUUAUAUAUUCUUUGUAGAGAUAUUUACUUUCUGUAUGAAGUGUAAGAAAUAGUAAGAAUAUAGUGAAAACAUAUGAAAAGAUAGUGCACAUGUAUGUAAAAUAUAGCGGAUAUGUGAAAUAUGCAUAGCAUCCUUUUGAAACAUGUUGUGCAUAUAAAAGAUAGUAUAUGUGAAAAGGAUAGUGUACAUAUAAAACAUACUAUACAUGCAAAACAGUGUAUAUGUAAAUAAUAGUGAACCUAGUAUGUUAUCCUCAAUAUCUCAAAGAAUCUUGUGGGUAUAGAGAAACUUACACAAAUCAUAACGAGGGGAGAAUAGUGAUUGAUUUAAGAACACAUUAUUGUUAUUAAUUAUGUUAGUUUCAAAUUAUCAUCAGUUUAUGGGCUACAUGUACACAUAUAAAGCAUUUGCAGAUAUACGGUAUUUGUAUUUGAAAGAUGUAAAGAAAUGGUUUUGUCCUAUGUACUUGAUUAGUAUUACCAUAUUGUUCUGACGGAUAAAAAUAGACAUAUUGUCCAGUGCCAAAAACACCAUUGUGUUAAACUCCCGACGAAUGUAACGUGUGACUAUUUCUGUUUGAUUAGGGUUUAGAAAAAUAUUACUACAUGUAUAGACAAAUUGUUAUGUUUAGUCUUCCAAAAGCGGAAAACCCCAAUUGGUUUGCUUGUUUAAUUGCUUUAUAUCCCUUUAACGUAUGUAAUUUAUAUAAUUAGCUUUUUGUUUAUUUGUUUUACAUUCCUUCGAGAAUAUUUCACUCAUAUUGAGACGUCGCUAGCUAUGAGUAAAGUACCACAAAUUGGCGCUCGUUGUCGUACAAGUGAGAUGUCUUUAAUGUCCAAACGCCUGUUGCGACACGGUACCUCCCUUUAUAAGGUCAUAUCUGAAAGAAGAAAAAUAUGGUUUGAGUCGGAUUGCCUCUUCAACGUCCGAGGUUUUUACAUUCAAUCUUUUUCACACCUACACGUAUAUUUCAUAAUUGCAAUUAAGUAAACAUUUUCCAACAUGUUUUAAUUAUCUAUAUUAUUACUGCAUUAAUGACAAACUGACAACUCAACUGUAUGAUAAAUGGGAUGAUGUCAGCUUCUCCGUCGUCAACUUCCCAUAUUUAUGUAGCAAUAUUCCAUUAUCACCUGCAUAUGGUGUUUAUAUCGGUCAACUUAUUCCAUACGCAAGAGAUUUUUCUGCGUAUAGUCAGUUUUUAAAUCGAGGCAAGUUACUGACAAACAAGUUGAUGGUACAGGGGUUUCAACAGUCUGGAUUGAAGUCAGUAUUUCGUAAAUGCUAUGGUCGUUAUAACGAUCUAGUUCGUAAAUACAACCUAUCAUUGGGUUAAAUGCUGUCUGACAUGUUUCAUACCGAUUGUUAGGCCGUUCUUGGCACACUGAUUUUGACUACGGAUAACUCCGUUUACCUGAUCAGGAUAUAGGGCUCACGGCGGGUGUGACCGGUCGACAGGGGAUGCUAACUCCUCCUAGUCACCUAAUCCCACAUCUGGUGUAUGCAGGGGUUUGUGUUUGCCCAACUAUCGAUUUUGUAUUGCCUAUAGGAGUUAUGAGAUUGAUCACUGUUCGUUAUCUUCACCUUUCACUCUGUAAAAUGAUGAGGAAAUUUGAAACUCAAUUAAAUGUUCUGACUUGCGUAUAUGGUAUACUUACGAAAUAAAUUUCAUUUUUGAAAAUACAUGAAGGCAUGAACUGCAACGCCUUAAAUUUACUCCAGCAUACUUCAUGAAGCGCGUUAGCGCGUCAUGAAAACCAUGCUAGCGUGCAGCGUUGCUGUUCAUGUCCUCGGGUAUUUUCAAACUGAAAUUUAUUUUUUAUUCAGAUCUUACUUUCAUUGAUGUCGAACUUCCUCGGUGUUAUAAUAGUUGCACUAUAUUUAUACCAAGAAUCAUACGCACAUCGAGCACAUAAAUGAGGGUAUGGCUAUCAUUUUUAUUGAUAAAGAUAGGCAAACACAAUGGAAAUGAUAAAAGUACAGUUCAGCCAAUUUGGUUCCUAUCACUUUGAUGUACGACCAGAUAGGUCGUACACACUCAUUUUGAUCCGCUGAUAAAUGAACAAAACUCCGAGUGACACCCCAAUUAUUGUUAUCUGCAUGUACAUAUUUGAAUUGUCAUAAUUGAUAAAACAUCAAUUGUCUUGCUUCUACCCAGAGCUUGAAAUUCCCCAAACAA